CCAACAUUUUCAAGAGGCGUUGGAACUUCCCCAAUUGCAUAGGGGCACUUGACGGAAAACACGUCCACAUACAAGCUACGCCAAAUUGCGGUUCUGAAUAUUUUAAUUAUAAAAAAAUAAAACGGUAUUGUUCUGACGACAAUGGUAGAUGCCGAGUACAAAUUUACGUACGUCGAUGUUGGCGCAUAUGGUCGCGAUUCAGAUGGUGAAGUGUUUUCGAGAUGUUCUCUCUCCAAAGCAUUGGAAACUAAUUUGAUAAAUAUACCACAACCGCAAUCGCUUUCUGAGGAAUCACAACCGGCUACAUUCGUGGUUGUGGCCGAUGACGCGUUUCCACUGAAAAAUUUCAUUAUGAAACCAUAUUCAUUUCGUCAACAUUCAAUUGAUCAACGAGUAUUUAACUAUCGAUUGUCCAGAGCUCGUAGAGUAGUGGAGAAUGCAUUUGGCAUAUCUGCGACUCGCUUCCGUGUACUUCGCCGAUGCCUUGACGUAUCUGUAGACAGGGCUAUUAAGUUAGUUCUUGCUAUUUGUGUUUUACAUAACUUUCUGCUAUCUAAAAAUAAUGUAUCGACACUCGAAGUAGACCAUGAAGUCGACGGCACAGUUGUGGAAGGAACUUGGCGUGCCAUCCUUCGCGAAGAAAACAAUUUUCACAAUAUUUCCACAUGUCACUGAUGUCAAAGUAACGAUGCUAUCCGAGUUAGAGAACAAUUCAAAGAAUACUUCGUCUCACGGGCAGGGGAAGUUUCAUGGCAGUACAAUGCUGUUUUGCGUGGCACAACACAACAUACAUAAGCACUCACCAAAUUCGAUUCCCUGUUUGUUGAUUGAAAACUGAGUACAGGAUUCAAAAAAGCAAGUGCCUCAUUUAACUCGUUGGGCCAUUUAUAUUUAGACGUUUGUCCACUUUUUGUUUCCCGAAUGACAUCUUUUUGUGGAACAUCAAGAACAGCCGCCACACUUUCCCACGAGUUUUGGGUGAAUACGCGAUCUUUAUACAUACGUUGACAUGGGUUCCACAAAUUCUCGUGCUUUUCAACAUUCGCAACGAGAUUUUGCACCAAUUCCAACCCCCACACAAACGAACA